ACACUUCUUUCGAUUUUACUUACAGAGACUCAAAACAAAUCUAAUUGAAGCAGUCGGUUACUUCUCAAAGAAACUCUUCGUAUUUUAUUUGUCGAUCACUUGAAACGUUUCAUCAAAAAUGUCUCGUGGCACAGCGACCUUCAUAGACAUCAUCUUGGCCAUCAUCUUGCCCCCCCUCGGCGUCUUCCUCAAAUUUGGCUGCCAGGCUGAGUUCUGGAUAUGUUUGAUUCUGACACUCUUCGGUUAUCUCCCUGGAAUUAUCUAUGCUGUUUAUAUCAUCACCAAGUGAUCAUAAACUUCCACUUUCUGCAGAUGGAGAGAUCAAAGGUGAAAGUUUGAAGAUGUAGAGGGGUUUAUUAUGUUCCUUGUUAAAGUACUUUGUAUCAGUGUUCUUGAUUUCUCUGUUUUAUUUUGUCUCUACUUAAUGAUAUUUGUCGGUUUAUUUUAAUUAUUUUGUUGUAAAGUUUGUAUGGUUGGUUUUGUGAUUAACAAAGCUUAGUGGGUUGUCAAUUCCCCAUGUUAUCAUAUUGUCGCCUAGUUAGUAGAUUUUUCUUCUAAUUGUUCUUCAUAUUCUCCACCAAAUUUA